CUAAUAUUGUUCUGUUGUUUAAAACUAAUAAAGCUCCAUAGAGUUGAUUCAUUUGAGUGCUUCUAAGCAGCUGAAAAUGUUCAAUGUUAUAUAUUAAUAGAUUUAGAAGAAUUCAAUUAAUAAAGCUGUACACUGUACUAUAGAUAGACAAUUGAAAAAUGUACUCUCUGUAUUGUUUUCAGAGACAAACUACUUUCCAGAGUAUGGAGUACCAUGUUUGUGGGAAAAUUGCAAAAGUAGUUGUUAACAGACUGGAAGAUGUAUCAACAUCGAGACCACAAAUCAAAGUUCAGGUGAAAGUUGAGAAACAGGAAAGUGCUUUUGAUGACCGUGGGAUUGGAGCUGCACGUAGUGAUACAGCCACUCAGCAGAUCAAGAUCGAGAAGCAGGAGGAUGAAUUUGGAGAAUGUGAAUUUGCAACUAGCAACGUCAAAGAUGAGUCAUCCUCACACAAUGGUUCAACUUCCAAUCAGAUGGCGAGAGUUAAGCAGGAGAAUGAUAGCAGCCAAGAACCAGCGCCAGAGUGCAGCACUGCAUGCUCUCCAACUGAUGGUGAUUUCAGCCAACAACAUUAUCUAAUCCCUGGCUAUAAUCUAAUAUUCAUCAAAGAGGAAGAAUAUGUUGAGCAAGAGGCAGAAGGAUGUUCAGUGGAGAGUGAACCGGAGAUGUGGCCUUCAAACUGCAGCACAUCUGAAACUGCCAAUACAACAGAAGUGGGUGAACUGAAUGAACAUUCAAUCUCCCCCAUGGAAGAGUGCACUGAGCCAUCUGUGGCUGGCAAAAAGAUCAAGCUCUACAGCUGUUCUGACUGCAGCUAUGAAACAAGAUGGAUCUAUCAUUUGAAAAGACACAUGAGAAAACACACUGGGGAAAAGCCUUUCAGUUGUGAGUUAUGUGACUAUAAAUGUGCUCAAUCAAGUGAUUUGAUAAGACAUGUCAGAACACAUACAGGAGAAACACCUUUCAGCUGCGAGUAUUGUGACUAUAAAUGUGCUCAUUCAAGUGAUUUGAAGAAACAUAUCAGAACACACACAGGAGAAACACCUUUCAGCUGCAAGUUUUGUGACUAUAAAUGUGCUCAAUCAAGUGCUUUGAAAUCACAUAUCAGAACACAUACAGGAGAAACACCUUUCAGCUGCGAGUUUUGUGACUAUAAAUGUGCUCAAUCAAGUACUUUGAAAUCACAUAUCAGAACACAUACAGAAGAAACACCCUUCAGCUGCGAGUAUUGUGACUAUAAAUGUGUUAGGUCAAGUGAUUUGAAGAAACAUAUCAGAACACACACAGGAGAAACACCUUUCAGCUGCGACUUUUGUGACUAUAAAUGUGCUCAAUCAAGUUCUUUGAAAUCACAUAUCAGAACACAUACAGGAGAAACACCUUUCAGCUGCAAGUAUUGUGACUAUAAAUGUGCUCGAUCUGGUAAUUUGAAGAAACAUAUAAGAAUACAUCAUGGAGGAGAAACAAGUACUAGCUGAAAAUUUGUUACUUUACGUGUACUCAUUCAAAUUUAUUUUACUGUGUUUCGUAGGGUGGUCACUAAUAACAGGACAAGUGUGUUGAACAUGUGUGUACACUCAUGUCGCCAUUCAUUGUUGUGUCAUCACAGCUAAAGGCUUCAAACUAUAUUUUUUGAGGUUCUGAGUAUUGGCCCACACCUUGACUCUAUUCAAAUUGCCAGGGUCCCUCUGGGUUUGCGUCUGUGGAGGGGCAGAGUAGGGGAUGCUGCUCACAGUGUGGUGUGUGCCGGCCGGUGGUUGGAGUGGCCUUUUGGGGACGGCUGGGCUACCCGCAGUGUUCGGUGUCCUCCAGAUACACCACGGUUGUCAUCUCACAAGACUGAAAUUCUCUCCUUUCUGAGUGGUGAUAGGCCAUGCUUUUGCACUACCUGG